CCUCUGAUUGGUCGGGGAGGGGGAGUGGAGGCACGGAGUUUCCCACAAUGCCCCGGUGCGGUGCAGCCGCGGAUGGAUGCUGCGGGAAGGGGCUGCCAUUUGCUGCCCCUGCCAGCGGCGCGCGGACCUGCCCGCGCUCCUGCGGCCGCCGCCGCCGCCAGAGCCGUCAGCCCGCCCGGCCUCUGCAGCGGCGCCGCCUCGGCUCCCUGCGCGGCGGCCGCCGGAGCGGUCGCCAUGAACCCCAGCUCCUCGGCGGGAGAGGAGAAAGGGGCGACGGGCGGCAGCAGCAGCAGCGGAAGCGGCGCCGGGAGCUGCUGCCUGGGCGCCGAGGGCGGCGUGGACCCGCGGGGCGCAGGGGCAGCGGCGGCCGCUGCCCUGGACGAGCCCGCGGCUGCCGGCCAGAAGGAGAAGGACGAGGCGCUGGAAGAGAAGCUGAGGAACUUAACUUUCCGGAAGCAGGUGUCUUACAGGAAAGCAAUCUCCCGGGCAGGACUCCAGCACCUGGCUCCUGCACAUCCCCUCAGCCUUCCUGUGGCAAAUGGUCCAGCAAAGGAGCCCAGAGCGACUCUGGACUGGAGCGAGAAUGCCGUGAAUGGAGAGCACCUGUGGCUGGAGACCAACGUCUCAGGAGACCUCUGCUACCUGGGGGAGGAGAACUGCCAAGUCCGAUUUGCAAAAUCCGCUCUCAGGAGGAAGUGUGCUGUGUGUAAAAUCGUGGUCCAUACUGCCUGCAUUGAGCAGCUAGAAAAGAUUAAUUUUAGAUGUAAACCAACAUUUCGGGAAGGAGGCUCAAGGUCACCAAGAGAAAAUUUUGUGCGUCAUCACUGGGUGCACAGGCGUCGGCAGGAAGGAAAAUGUAAGCAGUGUGGUAAGGGCUUCCAGCAGAAGUUCUCCUUCCACAGUAAAGAGAUUGUGGCUAUCAGCUGUUCCUGGUGCAAGCAGGCGUUUCACAAUAAGGUGACCUGCUUCAUGCUGCAUCACAUUGAGGAACCCUGCUCCCUUGGGGCUCAUGCUGCUGUCAUUGUCCCGCCCACCUGGAUCAUUAAGGUGAAGAAACCUCAGGUGAUCUCCAUACCAGGAGAUGAAUUUGAACUUGGUUGGGCGGGAGACGGACCUGGUUGGGCGGGAGACUGGAGCCCCUCAGAGAAUUUGGGAUUCUUCCAUUUUUACUGGGAGGGUUGGCAGAACUCCCUGAAAGCUUCAAAUCGGAAGAAGAAGAGAACAAGCUUUAAAAGAAAAGCCAGCAAAAGAGGAACUGAACAGGAAAACAAAGGUCGUCCUUUUGUGAUAAAACCUAUCUCUUCUCCUCUCAUGAAACCCUUGCUUGUAUUUGUGAAUCCGAAGAGUGGAGGCAACCAGGGAACUAAAGUCUUGCAGAUGUUCAUGUGGUACCUGAAUCCACGACAGGUCUUUGAUCUUUCUCAGGAAGGGCCAAAGGAUGCGCUUGAGUUGUACAGGAAAGUACCAAAUCUUCGGAUUCUGGCUUGUGGUGGAGAUGGAACGGUGGGCUGGAUCCUUUCUAUCCUGGAUGAGCUGCAGCUGAGUCCUCAGCCGCCUGUGGGAGUCCUCCCUCUGGGGACAGGGAAUGACCUGGCUCGAACUCUCAACUGGGGAGGGGGAUACACUGAUGAACCUGUUUCUAAGAUCCUAUGCCAAGUAGAGGAUGGGACAAUUGUACAGCUAGAUCGCUGGAACCUCCAUGUGGAAAGAAACCCAGACUUGCCUCCGGAAGAACUGGAAGAUGGCGUGUGUAAGCUUCCUCUGAACGUUUUCAAUAAUUACUUCAGCCUUGGAUUUGAUGCUCAUGUCACACUGGAGUUCCAUGAAUCCAGAGAAGCAAAUCCAGAGAAGUUCAACAGUCGUUUCCGAAAUAAAAUGUUCUAUGCAGGGGCAGCUUUUUCUGACUUCCUACAAAGAAGUUCUAGAGAUCUAUCCAAACAUGUUAAAGUUGUUUGUGAUGGAACAGAUCUCACCCCAAAGAUUCAGGAACUGAAGUUCCAGUGUAUAGUAUUUUUAAAUAUACCCAGGUAUUGUGCAGGCACAAUGCCCUGGGGAAACCCAGGCGAUCACCAUGACUUUGAACCUCAGCGCCACGAUGAUGGCUACAUUGAAGUCAUCGGAUUCACUAUGGCCUCUUUGGCUGCCCUGCAAGUCGGGGGCCAUGGGGAGAGACUGCACCAGUGUCGAGAGGUCAUGCUGCUCACUUACAAGUCCAUCCCCAUGCAAGUAGAUGGGGAGCCCUGCAGAUUGGCCCCAGCUAUGAUUCGGAUCUCCUUGCGGAAUCAGGCCAACAUGGUACAGAAGAGCAAGAGGAGAACAUCCAUGCCUUUACUGAAUGACAUCCACCAGGUGCAAACUGCGGACCUGCGGCGAGUGUCUGCUCCCCCCGGCUCCUUCACCAUUCCCCAGUCUGUCCCAGAUCGGCUGCGGAUCCGCGUGAACAAAAUCAGUUUACAAGACUACGAGGGAUUCCACUAUGACAAAGAGAAACUCCGGGAAGCUUCCAUACCCCUGGGUAUUCUUGUUGUGCGUGGAGACUGUGAUUUGGAGACUUGCCGUAUGUACAUAGACCGCCUACAGGAGGAUCUGCAGUCAGUUUCUUCUGGCUCCCAGAGAGUUCAUUACCAGGACCACGAAGCCUCCUUCCCCAGGGCACUCUCCGCUCAGAGGCUCUCCCCACGGUGGUGCUUCCUAGACGCAACUUCUGCUGAUCGCUUUUAUCGAAUAGACAGAUCUCAGGAACACUUGCACUUUGUGAUGGAGAUUUCCCAAGAUGAGAUUUUUAUUCUGGACCCAGAUAUGGUGGUGUCUCAGCAGGCAGGGACACCUCCGGGCAUGCCUGAUCUGGUGGUGGAGCAAGCCUCCGGGCUGUCAGACUGGUGGAAUCCCGCGCUCCGGAAGCGCAUGCUGAGUGACAGUGGGCUGGGGAUGAUCACUCCCCACUAUGAAGACUCAGAUAUGCAAGACCUCAGUCACUCCCGCGUGCUACAGUCACCAGUCUCUUCAGAAGAUCAUGCAAUUUUGCAGGCAGUAGUAGCUGGUGAUCUUAUGAAGCUAAUAGAAAGCUAUAAAAACGGAGGCAGUCUGCUAAUUCAGGGACCGGACCACUGUUCACUUCUUCACCACGCAGCUAAAACCGGCAACGGGGAGAUUGUGAAAUAUAUCCUUGACCAUGGACCUUCUGAGUUAUUGGAUAUGGCUGACAGUGAAACGGGUGAGACCGCGCUGCACAAGGCUGCCUGCCAGCGGAACCGGGCUGUGUGCCAGCUUCUGGUGGACGCAGGAGCAUCUCUGAGAAAGACGGACUCCAAGGGUAAGACACCUCAAGACAGAGCACAGCAGGCUGGGGACCCGGAGUUAGCUGCCUAUCUAGAAAGCCGUCAGAACUAUAAGGUCAUUGGCCAUGAGGACCUGGAAACUGCUGUUUGACCCUGGCAGAUAGGCAAAGAAGACCUGAGUGAGCAGAUCACCUGCGCCCUCUGGCGAUCGGGCAGCUCUCCUGGAAGAAGCUGAUGGAAUCCGGACACCAGUCUCUCUCCUGCAAGAAUCUAUCUGAGACCAUGCCACCAGAUUUAAGGGCUCUCCAGAUCUGCAACAGAACAUGAUAGCCCGUGGAGAAGGAGGCGGGAUACCUGGGGGUGUGUGGAAGACCAGUUCCACAAAAUGUGAUCCUAUUGCUUCCAGCAAGUAGCAUGAACUUCUGUGUUCACCUGUAUAAUUUAUUUUAAAGAUUCAAAGGAUGUUCGUAUAAAUGGCACUGCUCCCUCCUCCCCCCAUGCAUUCUUUCCUCUGUACCACAUGAUUCUACUGUAACGACCCCCACCAACUUAAACAAAUGCGGUAUUACCUUUUCUCUUUAAAGUCAGUCUUUGAAGAUCACAAGAUUGUCUGAAGGCCUUUUAAGACCCUAUGGGUGCCCUGCAGAAAUGUAACUGCAAAGCUGUUUCCAUUUCCAGGACUGAACAUUCCGAGACUACUUCGUGACUCUCUGCAUGUCCUCUCCCCCCACCCUCCUGUUUCAUUCUGUCGGAGCUGGGAAGUGCCACGUGGACGAGGACAACGUGUGCGCUCUGUCGCUGGGGUGUGGUGAGGUGGCAUGAGAGUUGCCUGUGCUCAGAGGCACCUCAGAGGUGCCCAGGGGUCGGCCAGGGUGCUGGGCUGUUGCCGAGAGCAGUGCAGGACUCGUUCAGCUUGGGCUGUUUGUACAGCUCCGUACUGCCUAUGUGUAGCCAUCUUUGCCUUUUGCUGCAAUUGAGCAGAGCAAGGAUUCAGCAAAGACCCUUAGCUAGUUUGUAGAUCCACUCAAUUGUAAGUGCUGUUUUAAAGUUCAGAGCAGACAGCCGUGUGUGGAAACUGUGGCUACAGGAAAUGGAGCACUCUUACAUUUACUUCUAAACAGUAAGUGGUAAUAGAAAGCAGCCUCACUGACUUGGAAAAAAAAAAACAACAACAACAGAGGUGGAAAGUAGCAGCAUAUGUCCAGAUAACACACAUAAGCAAGAAACAGUCGCUGGAACACUGCACGGAGGCUAAUUACUGGAGACUCUUGGACACUGAGGGCCCCCCAGUUAGGUUUUCCUUCUAGAUGUUUGGUUUUCAUUACUCCAAGUAAACCUUGAUUCAAGGACAAAGCCUUGGUUAAUGAGUUCCACUGCCAGCUCUCCAGGAAGCCUGGAUCUUACUGAUGGACACUUUCUCCAUAACUUCUCAGGCUCUGAGGUCAUACCAAUAGCCCCAUUUCCAUGUACGGUCUAGUGUAAUAGAUUCUUUCUCUACUUUCUCUUUCCUUAUCAGACACUUAGUGCAAACCUCUAUGGAAGUCUAACCAGAAAUGUCUGGUGAUGGCAUUGCAAUGUGCAGUCCUGCCAUGGGGCUCUGUGAUGACCAAACUCUUAGGAGAAGAGUCUGCUAACAUUCUGCCCAAAUAUAUACUUGACUUGAGCGUAGGUCAACAAUACAAGUGGGGGUUCAAGUGUCUUGCUUCCAGCUAGCUCUGAAGUCUCCUGAGCUCCCUUUCAUUUUGCUCUUGGUACAGCUUCCCUAGUGUUCCUGCAUGUGACCAUAAAUGAUUGCUUCUCUGUCUUUAAUUUAGAGGUCCAGUGGGGACGUGUUGCUUAUCUGACUCAUGUUCUGGGCACAUAUCAUUCCUUUGAAAGUAUGGGUAUGAUAUACUACAUUAAGAUAUAUGCUUCAUUAGGGAGGAGCCGCCUUGCAGUGGGCAGGGAGUUUAUUACCACAGUCUCCAUAGUCAUUUCAAAGUCCAGCUGUUGGCAUUACUUCCAGCUGUGGAGGAGUGGGUUGGUGGUGAGUAAUCUCUUUCCAUUUAUCAGCCUCAGAAAUGAAACUUGUGCUUGGACUUUGCAGUGAGGGGAGGAGGGUUCACAGCAGAUUGUUUCCAGAGGCUGGAGGAAAGCAUGUUCCAGGAGAAUUUAAUCACUGGGCUUCUGCUGAGUUUUUCAGUUGGUGGGACUGUCAAGGAAAUGUGAUGACAGAAAUAUAAUCCUUAAAACAGACUAGAAUCUGGCUUUGAACGGUGCCUUCCAUUCCCUGGAUCGAGCCAGACGUUUGACGAAGCACUCAGUUACCAAGCCGUCACUGCUGGGCUGCAGGACUCUGCUUGUAUUAAAGACCAUCUCACAUUUCUCUCUGAAGGCUUCCAAACAGCCCAGAGAAAAUUUAGGGUACAGAUGGCUGUGGUCCAGUUCGAGCAGCUGCAGCAGAAGAUACAAAUCAACCCCUGCUAUGAAAAUAGAUGAAGUACUAUCUACACUAAGGAUCCUGGUGCAUUUAAAAAGUAUUCCAAACCACGCAAAAAGGCAGUCUAAUCCUUAUUGAUGGGAGCAAGUAUGAUCUGUUUCUUUGAAAAAGCAAACUCUAGGAGUUGAAUUUAAAAAUUUUAUAUGUAUAUGUGUAAGCAGAGCAACCAUGUAUUUAAUGACUUCAACAUUAAAUCUACCUCCCGUAUACUUUUUAUUUAAUUGGUCGCUGCAUGUGACAGUUCUGGGCUUUGGAAAGAGCCAAGGCCAUAUGGUUCGAGUUCCCAUCUCAGUUUAAAUAUACUGUAUCACUUUUAAUGGGCCUUCAGCAAGUCUAGAAGCAAAUGGUCUGGUCUUAGUCUGAAAGCCCACAUAACUUUAACAGACAUAAAACUGUGUACCUACAGAAACAGCACAUCUCCAAAGCCUGCUGAGGCAGUACUGCAAGAAGCGGCUGGCUGAGCGGGUGUUUCUCUGGCCCUUUGUAUCGUGGCAUCGUCAGCCCUGGGUUUCUGGUUUUCGAUUAGGCUGAUAGAGGGAUUAAAAAAAUGAAGAGUUAUUGGAGGAUCGCAUUCUAUAACCACAAAGGUACUCAUUUUUUGCAACCUUAUAUUCCAGUGUUGUACACUUAGUGAAAUAGAAGAGAGCUAAGCUGUGCUCCAUCACAUUUGAGGACAGAUCUGUCCAUGCCGUGAGGACUUCUUAACAAAUUGCUCAUUUUCAUUAAAACCUAGUCACAAUCCCUGUGUCAAAGGAUUUCUGAAAUUCAUUUCCUACAAUCUUUUUAAUAGUUGUAGAAAAUAGGAGGGUGCAGCUUCAUUUUAUUGCAUGUCAAUUUUGGUAAUGAUAUUUUGAUUUUUUUAGUUACCAAGUAGAACAUAACUUUUUAUAAAAAGUUUUGAUACCAACAGAUGAGUAUCAGGUGCGAAGGCAAGGCAGCCCUCUGUGCAUGUCCUAUCCCACUCGAGAGAUGUUGUGAUGUUUAUGCUGUUCCAUCCACAUAAAAGAAUGUACAUAUGUGUAUAUGGGUGUCUACAUACACAUAUGCAUGCAUUCAUACAUAUAUGUAUAUAGAGAUAUUUAUUUGUAUACGUAUAUGUACACAUAUGCUAUACAUAAAUUGCAUAGCUUUAAAAAAGAGAAAACAUUAAAAAAUCAUGCUAAUCAUUUAGCAGUUGGUUUGGGUAACACAAACAGGCAAAGAUGGAUGACAAAGAAUUCUCAUUUAUUUUCUUCCCCAGCACCACGGAGCUUAGCAUUACUAUCACAUCUCUGCAGUUCCACAUCGUGUUGUCUAUUC